AUGCUUGAGACUCAGAAGUCACUCUUUCCUCCAUGGGCCUUUCUAUUUCAGUGUUUUGAAAAGAUAGAAGAGGAGUUGAUUUCUAAAAAAGCAUUGAAUCUAAAUCUCUUCAAUUUAUACUUAAAGUAUGCCAAGCCUCAGUAUCAGACUUGGAGCUUAAAGAAGAUUAUCGGGGUGAAGGUUUGUUCGGUUGUGCCUACUGAAGAUUUUACAAACAUAAGGUUCAAGGGAUUUCGGGAAAAAGAUAAAGUUUUGGAUGAAUUCACUUUGGCAGAAUUUCCGUUUAUGAAUCCCUUUGAUUGGAUUUAUUUGUUCAACAUUGUUUCAAAGGAUGAAAAUAAAUACGAGCCAAUUGUUGCCCAUCUGCGAAGGAUUCUCAUCUGCUACAUUCAAGAAAUUGCAAAAAUGGAUGUAGACAUAGCCGUAGUUCUGAAGAAAAGGACACUUAUGAAGCCAGAAGAGGAAGCAAAGGAUCUUUAG